AAGUCCAACCCGCAAAUUGAUGGGGGAAGGGAAGUAUGCAGGCCAUAAAGUGCGCGAGGGGAACUUCUGUCAUUCAGAUACUGGCCGCAUGACCCAAAUGCAACAUGCAGAGCCCUGGCCUAUAAUUCAGCAACCACGGGAUCAAGAAACAGGAACGAAUAUGGCGCCAUAUGUGAAUGAAGCUGUCCAAGUGCAUGGUGAAGAGUUGUAAGGAUAUUUUUGUGUAGAAGAAGACCAGGACAGGUAACAAGACUGCUCCACAGGACUUAAAAGUCUUCUGUUUAGGUAACAAGACUGCUCCACAGGACUUUGUCAGUCUUCUGUUUAGAAGGUUUACUGACAGUGGGGCUGAGAGUACCUACCAGGGGGCGGAUUAGUUAAGCACUACAUGUCUUCUAAUCCAGAGAUGGUGGACACACAGAGAGUUGCGUGGUCCAUGAUGAAUUUUGGGCUGGGCACGUUGGACCUGGCAGAGAUGGACAACAGGAUGAAUAGUUUUGACAUGAAGACCCUAUCGACGCUGGACUACCCUUAUCUCCCCUCUCUCGAGUACAGCUACAGCAGUCCCCAUCACCACAGCCCAGACAGAAGUCACUCAUUCAACCACAGCUUAGACAGAAGUCACUCAUUCAACCACAGCCCAGACAGAAGCCACUCAGACAACUACACCUACAGCGAGUAUCAAUGUUUGGUAAAAGAUGAGCCCAUGUCGCCUCAGUCUAGCGACUGUAGCAUUGUCGGCCUGUCCAGACCCCCUCCUCACUCCAAGCCCCCUACUUACACAGACGCCAGCUCUCUGCUCAACAUUGACUGUAGAGUGUGUGGGGACAAGGCUUCAGGCUUCCACUAUGGCGUCCAUGCCUGUGAGGGCUGCAAGGGAUUCUUCCGCAGAACUGUGCGGUUAAAACUGGUGUAUGACCACUGUAAUCUGCACUGUCGGAUUCACAAAAAGAGCCGGAAUAAGUGCCAGUACUGUCGCUUUCAAAAAUGUCUGCUAGUGGGCAUGUCACACGAUGCUAUCCGCUUCGGCCGGAUGCCCCAGGUGGAGAGAGAGAAGCUGCAGGCUAAGUUGAUGAAUGUAGACCCCAGGAACCCAGAGUCAGCGGACCUGAGAGCCCUGUCCAGACAGCUGUGUCUGUCCUACCACAGACAAUUUCCCCUGACCAAGAGCAAGGCCAGGGCCAUCCUCUCUGGAAAGACCCACGGAAACUCACUGUUUGUCAUCCACGACAUGAAGUCUCUGACGGUGGGUCAGUACUUUAUAAACUGUAGACAGCUCCCAGUACUGGAGCACCAGGGGUCCGUCCUGCCCCCUGAGGAGCCUGCUGGAGAGCUGGAGCUCUCCUUCUUCCGCCGCAUCCAGUUCCGUUCCGCCGAGGCCGUACAAGAGGUCACAGAGUUCGCCAAGAGCAUCCCUGGGUUCACAGAGCUGGACAUGAACGACCAGGUGAUCCUGCUGAAGUACGGGGUCAUCGAGGUCAUGACGACCAUGCUGGCGCCGCUCAUGAACAAGGACGGCACACUGUUUGCCUAUGGACAGAUCUUCAUGACCCGGGAGUUCCUCAAAAGCCUGAGGAUGCCCUUCUGUGAGAUGAUGGAGCCCAAGUUUGAGUUUGCGGUAAAGUUUAACGUGCUGGAGCUGGACGAUAGUGAUAUGGCGCUUUUCUUCGCUGUCAUCAUCCUCAGUGGAGACCGUCCAGGCCUGGUGAACGUGAAGCCCAUUGAGGACCUCCAGGACACAGUGCUGCAGGCCCUGGAGCUGCAGCUGAAGACCAUCCACCCAGACUGCCCCCAGCUGUUUGCCAAGCUACUGCAGAAGAUGACCGACCUGCGGCAGCUGGUGGCCAACCAAGUUCGCCUCAUCCACCUGCUCAAGAAGCAGGAGCUGGAGAUGUGUCUGCACCCCCUACUGCAGGAGAUCAUGAGAGACCUGUACUAAAGGAGUGGGGGACUCAGUUUAACAGCUAUGAAGAAAAGAAGACUGCACACUGUGAUAUAUACCGUAGUACAGUAUUAUCCCAAGUGUGAUUAUU